UGAGAGCAUGCGUGUUGUUUGUUUUGCAUUUGUCAAAAAUGUCAAAACGAAAAUUCAACGAAGGCGAUUUUUCGCAAAAUAAGCGGCGCCAGGUGAAGUUUAACGCAAAAAAACAUUCCUUGGAUUCGGACGAAGAGGACGAUUACGAUGAGACCGCUGAAGAGCUCAACGCCGACGACAUCGAGGGCGAAGAGGAGGGAAUUUCGCGUCAGGUUGAAGGGGUCCGGAUGACCGCCUUCAACAUGAAAGAGGAGAUGGAAGAAGGGCAUUUCGACAAAGAGGGCCACUUUAUUUGGAACAACGAGAAGGAAAUACGGGAUAAUUGGUUGGACAACAUCGACUGGCAUAAAGUCAACAGUGACGAUAAGUACCAGUUGGACCCCAACGAGAAAGGCUUGGGGGCCGAGAGUGAUUCUGAGUCGGAAGCUGAGGAUUUCGAUGAGGUCGGUUUGUACAAAAAGAUGCUCAACUACAUGAAACCCAAAGAAACGGUCAACAAGUGUUUGAGGCGGUUAGGGGGCGAUUUGAAGUUGUCCAGUGUCGAGAGACUGAAGCGCAAGAAGGCAGGGACUUUGAAUUCGAAUCAGGAUGUGGCGGACAUGACCGAGAUCGCGAAUAGUAUAUUAACGAAGACGGGGAACAUGAACGUAUACCAGGAGACUUUUGAAGAAAUUACCAAAAAAAUUGACGACCGAACGAAACCGAAAAACAGUGAGCCUGUUCUGGACAUGUAUGCUGACGACUUCGGCGACAAGGAGAAGGAGAAGAUGGAGACGGCGUCAGUGUCAGGUAAACCAGAGCAGUUAAUGUGGGAAUUUAAGUGGGACCAAGACAAGGACCAAGUCGAGGGUCCGUACGACACCUCACAAAUGUUAAAGUGGUCCAAAGAAGGGUACUUCAAGACGGGAGUGUGGGUGCGUAAGUGUGGCGAACAAUCCAACUUUUACACCUCGAACCGGAUAGACUUCGAGCUGUAUGACUAACAGUGUUAUAAAAAUUUUAUUAUCAAUAUACAUAAAAAGUCAAGCAA